CUCGACCUUCCUAACGGACCUUCAUGCCCGCGGGUUGCUUCCGGACGCGUACUUGCACAAGAUCCAAGCCCUCUGGGACAAGGAGCGGGUCAGCGUAGCAUUCGAACACUUUCAAGCGCUGUUGACACGCGCGCUUGGCGACGCCAGCGCCGACGAAGCAGCCGCAGCGAUCACGACCGAGAUCUCGGACAAGCUCGCCUUCCUCACUCACCUCGUGCAGUCGUGGGACACGGCGUCGUUUGGUGCCCCCGAAAAGGCGGCGCUGGUGGCCUACACGUCCACGCUCGCAGCCGAGCAUGCGGCAGCGGUGGCGCCACUGUAG